GUGGGGAGUGGAGGGAGCCGGGGACGGGGUGCAAAGGGGCGGCCGAGGGGUUGCCGCCGCCUCCGCCGCCUCCGCCUUGGACCGUGCACUCAGCAGGCCCUUCCCUCCCCCCGGGGCUGCCGCUGCUGCACCUUCGCCCCGCACUGGAGGAGGUCGCGUCGGCUCUUGCAGGGCACCGCGCGUGGACACCGCGCGGCGCGGGACUUGUCACCGCCAGCAGCGCUCCCCGCUCGGGGCAGUGCAAGAGUUGGCUCAGUCGCACCCUUGAGCAAAGCGCCCCCUUGUACCCCCGCCGUUGGAGAGGCUCUGCGCCGCUGGGGAGGGAAACGUCCUGCCUUUUGCAGCAGGUCUCUUUGCAAGUAGCCCCGAAGUCCCAUAGCCAGCUCGUCUGCCUGCCUGCCUGCCUGCCUGCUUUAUGGCCAGCCGUAAGGGGGAAAGUAGCAAGCGCUUCCAAACAAAACAAAAUAAUCGAGACUGAAACUUCUCCUCCUCUGGGGAGCCAAGUGCUGAAGGUAGCAAGCGAGCGGCUGCAUCCUGCAGGAGGGAAUUUCAAAACUAUUUCGCUUAAGACGAGCUCCCGGGCUGCCUGUUUGCUUGGGAGCUGCAAGAGACCAUUCUCUCUCCUAUCUUGGAAACGAGGGAGAGUUUGACGGAGAGAACAUGUAUAUGGGAAUGAAUGACAAUAACCAGGAGUUUCUCUCAGCAAAUCAGACAUACAAUGGUCAGAGUGAGAAUAAUGAAGACUAUGAAAUUCCUCCUAUUACUCCUCCUAACCUCCCAGACCCUUCCCUCCUUCAUUUGGUGGAUCAUGAAACUGGAUACCAUUCACUGUGCCACAGUCUCCCUCCAAAUAGCCUGAUACCAGCAUACUCCUACCAGAAUAUGGACCUUCCAGCCAUCAUGGUGUCUAAUAUGUUGAGCCAAGAUGGACACCUCCUCUCUAGUCAACUGCCUACUUCAUUAGAUUGCCUUCCACUGAGGUCCAUGGGACUGCACAGGAGUAACUAUUUGCAGCAUGUGAUCCAGGAGAUGGUCCACUCAGACGCCACUUCCUAUGAGUCCAACCAUCAAGUUCCCCUGAUCAAUCGACCAGGGAUGUUAACCGGUCACAUGAGUGCCCUCAGCCAGUCACAGCUGAUUUCUCAGAUGGGUUUGAGGAGCGGUGUUACCCAUGGUUCCCCAUCACCCCCAGGAAGCAAAUCUGCUACACCAUCUCCCUCCAGUUCUACUCAGGAAGAGGAGACAGAAUCACAUUAUAAGGUAACUGGAGAGAAGAGACCAUUGACAGAUCUGGGCAAAAAACCUAAAAACCAAAAGAAGAAGAAAAAGAAGGAUCCCAAUGAACCCCAGAAGCCAGUGUCCGCAUAUGCCCUUUUUUUCCGAGACACACAAGCAGCUAUCAAAGGACAAAACCCCAAUGCUACCUUUGGAGAUGUAUCAAAAAUUGUUGCAUCAAUGUGGGACAGUUUAGGAGAAGAACAAAAACAGGCAUAUAAAAGGAAAACCGAAGCAGCAAAGAAGGAGUAUCUAAAAGCACUAGCAGCCUACCGGGCCAGCUUGGUUUCCAAGAGCUCAGCUGACCAGGGGGAGACAAAAAGUGCCCAAACCAAUCAACCAACAAAAAUGAUCCCACCAAAACAGCCCUUGUAUACAAUGCCACCGCAGGCCUCAUCACCUUAUCCCGGCUUGGGCUCCUUCCUGUCCCCAUCAGAUCUGCAGAGCUACCGUGGACACCCUCACCCCAGCCUCUCCAGGACCCUCAAUUCCAAGCCCAUGUUGCCCAGCAUCAGUGCCUCUCCACCUCCUUCUUUCCAGAUCAGCCCCCCUCUCCAUCAGCAGCUCUCUUUGCACCACCCACAGAGCUCCAUCCUCAACCAGUCCCUCAGCAUGCAGCAGGUCCCCCAGCAGCCCAUCUUGUCUCCUUCCAUGGCACUACAGGUACAGCCCCCAAUGAACUCUUCACCACCAGGCCAGCAGGACUUUUCACAUAUUUCACCCGAGUUUCAGAACAGUGUUGGACCGCGAUCACCUGGUGCAUCAAACCCCCCGGGAAAUACCGAGUGGGACAACGAGUACCCCAGCAGAGAGUGUGGGAUUAACCACUGCAGCAUGCUGCCAAGGGACAAGUCACUCUACCUCACUUAAACCCUGAUAUCUCCAUUCUGCAAAGGUGAAAAGGAAGGACAUUAAAGAGGGUCUGUGAUACAGGCUAUCCCGAUGGGCAUCAAGCAAGUCACAUGGACAAGAGAGCACCUCGCCUUUGGCUUCAUAUCCCGGCUCUAAGAGCAGCCUAUUCCUCCUCUCCUCCUCCUCCCUUUCUUUCUCUUUCUUCUCAGAAGUCUACUGUACCUGGAAGCCAGCCUUGCAUAAAUCAUGAAGAACAAAAUUUACAAAGGACCACCCCCACCCUAUCCCCACCCCCGCCUAUGUACGCCUUUCUCUGCUUGCCACCAGCUUAGCUAUGGACCAUUUUCCUAGCAAACUGCUUUUUAGAUUCAGCACAGAUCCGGGCACAGCGCUCAAAGGCAUUAGGCUUGGCUCAGCAGGAGGAGACACUCUUUUGACUUGCUAAACAGCACUAAACUUUGUGCAAGACAAAUGUGAAGUCUGUGUGAAUAUUGUACAUGCAAAAGGCCUCCGAUGUCUGGCAAAAAAAAAAAUUAAAAAAUAAAAAUAAAACCUAUUGUUAGGAGGUUGGGUGGACUGAGCAGAUGGGAAGCAGAAGUGCAAAUAUGAGAGGGAAACAAUGUGAAAAAAGACCAUGAGAAAUAUAAUUUGUUGGAUAGUUGUAAGUAGCUUACUAAAUGUUUUAGAACUGUGCUAAAGACAUCUUUAAGAUUUUUUUGUGGAAGAAAAUUAGUAGUUUACUUUAUAGUAAAAGCAUUUUAUAUUAAUUGUAGCACAUUUUUUAGUUAUACAUAGAAUGGAGAUGUGUAUAAAAAAAAACCCUGCCAAACUUGUUUCUAUUAUUUGUACAGCAAGAAAUGGACAAUUUAUAUCCAUGCUAUAUGGCAUUAUUAUAUUUUUUUCAGCCAUAUGUCCAUCUAUUUAAAAUUGCUGACAAGGAUUUUUGUCUAUUUAUGAAAAAUUAGAAAGCAGAAUUACAGUUUAUGAAAAGUGCGUUUUCCAUGGAUUUUUUUUAAUUAUUAUUUUUAUUUUCUUUGUGGUGCUGUUUCACAGUACCUGCACAUUUGGCUCACAAUGCUUAUCUUACCUUUCUUUAUAAUAAAACAUAUGAAAAGUAGAAACAAA